GCGGUCACUGCUGUGGUCUAUCCCAGUGGGGCGCUUUGAGAACGAUCAGAAGGGAGGCUGCAACGCACCUCCGCCGUUUUGGACGAGCCGUGAAGCCGAGCCGUGGGCAGGGAGUGCGACAGUCAGCCGAGGUCACCCCGAAGGCAGGGGAAAGGAGACGGUCGCGUGAGCCCGCAGGACCCGCCUCGGUCAUCGCCUCCCCGGGCCCCUCUCGCUGCACGGGGUCCCGUGAUGGCGGCGGCGUGCGUGGAUCCGGCGCAGUUGUCUGUGAGCUUUGAUGAUGUGGCCGUGACCUUCACUCAGGAGGAGUGGGGGCAGCUGGACCCAGCCCAGAGGACUCUGUACCAGGAGGUGAUGCUGGAGACCUGCAGGCUCCUAGUGUCUCUGGGGUAUCAUGUUCCCAGACAUGAGCUGAUCCACCAGCUAGAAUAUGGGCAGGAGCUGCAGAUGGCGAAGAAGGAUCUGUCCCAAAGCACUUAUCCAGGUGAGAAAGGAAAACCCAAGAUCACAGAAUCUACUACUUUUGAAACUGCCGUGUCUGAGAGAGCCUCACUUCGGGAACUAGGACAAGGAGCUGAAUCACCAGAAGACUUCCAGGUGGACCAUGACAAGGAUCAGAAUGGGCCAUUGGAAUUGGAAGAAGGACAGUUGCAAUCAGAUACAGAUCCACAGAAGGAGAGGCUUCCUAGGAAACAAAGCUCUGAACAUGGUGGCUUAGGGACAGCUGAUGAUGUAUGUUCAAGAAUUGUGCAGCAGGCAGUUUCUCCAGGAGGUGCUCUACUUGACCGUGACUCACAUGAAUUUGAUAAACAUCCCAUGGUUCAGGAAGAGGAAAAUAUCUUUAAAUGCAAUGAAUGUGGGAAAGUGUUUAACAAGAAACGCCUCCUUGCUCGACAUGAGAGAAUUCACUCUGGAGUGAAGCCCUAUGAAUGCACAGAGUGUGGGAAAACAUUUAGUAAGAGCACUUACCUCCUUCAACACCACAUGGUCCACACAGGGGAGAAGCCAUAUAAGUGCAUGGAGUGUGGCAAGGCCUUCAACCGCAAGUCACACCUUACCCAACACCAGCGGAUUCACAGUGGUGAGAAGCCCUAUAAAUGCACUGAAUGUGGAAAGGCCUUCACCCAUCGCUCCACUUUUGUCUUGCAUAACAGGAGCCAUACUGGAGAAAAACCCUUUGUUUGCAAAGAAUGUGGAAAAGCCUUCCGAGAUAGGCCAGGUUUCAUUCGACACUACAUCAUCCACAGUGGUGAGAAUCCCUAUGAGUGCUUCGAGUGUGGCAAGGUCUUCAAACACAGGUCAUACCUCAUGUGGCACCAGCAGACUCACACAGGGGAGAAGCCCUAUGAGUGCAGUGAGUGUGGGAAGGCCUUCUGUGAGAGUGCAGCCCUCAUUCACCACUAUGUCAUCCAUACUGGGGAGAAGCCCUUUGAGUGCCUGGAAUGUGGAAAGGCCUUCAACCACAGGUCAUACCUCAAGAGGCACCAGCGCAUCCACACUGGAGAGAAGCCGUAUGUUUGUGGUGAGUGUGGAAAGGCCUUCACCCACUGCUCCACUUUUAUCUUGCAUAAGAGGGCCCACACUGGAGAGAAACCUUUUGAGUGUAAAGAAUGUGGGAAAGCCUUUAGCAAUCGGGCAGACCUCAUUCGACAUUUCAGCAUCCACACUGGAGAGAAGCCCUAUGAGUGCAGUGAGUGUGGGAAGGCCUUUAACCGCAGGUCAGGCCUCACACGGCACCAGCGGAUUCACAGUGGAGAGAAGCCCUAUGAGUGCAUGGAGUGUGGGAAAACCUUCUGCUGGAGCACUAACCUCAUUCGACACUCCAUCAUCCACACUGGAGAGAAGCCCUAUGAAUGCAGUGAGUGUGGAAAGGCAUUUAGUCGUAGCUCAUCCCUCAGUCAGCAUCAAAGGGUUCAUACUGGGAGAAACCCUACCUAUACAUGUGAGGAAUGCGGGAAAGUGUUUAACAAGAAAUAUUUCCUGGUUCGACAUAUGCAAGUUCACACUGGAGUGAAGCCCUAUGGAUGCACAGAGUGUGGGAAAACCUUUAGCAAGAGCACCCAUCUCCUGCAGCACCACUUGAUACACACAGGGGAGAGGCCCUUUGAGUGCCUGGAGUGCGGAAAGGCCUUCAACCGCCGGUCACACCUCACGAGGCAUCAGCGGAUCCACACUGGAGAGAGGCCCUAUGUGUGUAGUGAGUGCGGAAAGGCCUUCACCCACCGCUCCAAUUUGGUCCUGCAUAACAGGGGCCACACAGGAGAAAAACCCUUUGUGUGCAAAGAAUGUGGGAAAGCCUUCCGUGAUAAGACUGGUUUUCUUCGACACUACAUCAUCCACACAGGAGAAAAGCCCUUUGUGUGUGUGGAGUGUGGGAAAGCCUUCAACCGCAGGUCACACCUCACAUGGCACCAGCAGACUCACAGCGGACUGAGACCUUUUGAGUGCAAGGAGUGUGGAAAAGCCUUUUGUGACAGCACAGACCUCAUUCAGCACUACGUCAUCCACACUGGAGAGAAGCCGUACACGUGCCUAGAAUGUGACAAGGCCUUUUACCGCAGGUCACACCUCAAGCAGCACCAGCGAAGUCACACUGGGGAGAAACCCUAUGUGUGUGGUGAAUGUGGAAAGGCCUUCACCCACUGCUCCACGUUUAUCUUGCAUAAGAGGGCCCACACUGGAGAGAAACCCUAUGAGUGCAAAGAGUGUGGGAAAGCCUUCAGCAAUCGUUCAGACCUCAUUCGACACUUCAGCAUCCACACCGAAGAAAAACCCUAUGAGUGCAGUGAGUGUGGAAAGGCCUUUAACCGCAGGUCAUACCUCACGCGGCACCAGCAGAUUCACAGUGGAGAGAAACCUUAUGAGUGCAUGGAGUGUGGAAAAACCUUUUGCCAGAGGGCAAACCUCAUUCGACACUCCAUCAUCCACACUGGGGAGAAGCCUUUUGUGUGCAAUGAAUGUGGUAAGGCCUUCACCUACUGCUAUACUUUUAUCUUGCAUAAGAGGGCCCAUAUUGGAGAGAAACCUUUUGAGUGUAAAGAAUGUGAGAAAGCCUUCAGCACUAGAAAAGAUCUCAUUCGACAUAUCAGCAUCCAUGCCGGAGAGAAGCCCUAUGAGUGCAGUGAGUGUGGGAAGGCCUUUAACCGCAGGUCAGGCCUCACACGGCACCAGCGGAUUCACAGUGGAGAGAAGCCCUAUGAGUGCAUGGAGUGUGGGAAAACCUUCUGCUGGAGCACAAGCCUCAUUCGACACUCCAUUAUCCACACUGGAGAGAAGCCCUAUGGAUGCAGUGAGUGUGGAAAGGCCUUUGGUCGCAGCUCAUCUCUCAGUCAGCAUCAAAGGGUUCAUACUGGGAGAAACCCUGUCAAGUAGAAUAGAAAUAGGAAGACCCUUCACAGGUGGAUAUCCUCAAUCUCCAAGAACCUCCUGUUGGGGAAAGAUUUUUUUAAUGUGAUUCUUUUGUCAGAAUGUGACUAUUUAUACCAAAGGGAACCCUCCCUGCCUCACCACUACCACCCCAGUUUUCUUCCUUGUGCAAAAACCUGUUGCAGGAUAUCACUUGUCUUCUAAUGAGUCAUACUAGAAAUUGACUCAGCCUAGAAUCCCAUUCUGCAUCUGAGAAUUCAUCCAGAACUUUGAUCCAGCAAAACCUUCAAGCCACAUCUUUCUCCUUAGUUUAAAACUGCAAAAUUAUCUCAGGGGUAUUUAAACAAAGAAGGAGGAGACAUAGAGGCAAAAAGACGAAUGCAACCACAGCUUCUUUCACAGAUCAGAGGGCCUUGUUCCCUUAUUUUUUCUGUAUAUACAUUCACUUCUGUCAAUCAGGAGAGUCAGGCUUUUGAGGAUGUUUGAAAACACUAAUCAAAAGCCUUUGUUCUACAGCAUUGUCUCUACCUGUGAGCAGCCUGAGUCUCUGAGAAAUAUGAAGGCUUAAAUUAUGAAAUGCUUUUAUAUUCAGAUAAAGAUGUACAUAUGAUACAGAAGAAGCCACUCAGACUAUUAAAUUUCUUUUUGAAAGUGACAAACAUAAACACUAAAAAAGUACUCAUGAAUUCAGAUUUUUAAAAAUGUUUUUUCAUGUCUUUAACCAUCUAAACCUCAGUCUUCAUCUUGAACUACUUGUUCAUUUUUUUUCUUUUUUUUUCUUCUGUGGAGUGAGGAUUACAGUGUCACUGUGUAACCUCCCCAGAUGAAUCCUGAUUAUACCCUCUGACUGAUUUCUAAGCUUCAGUCUUCCUUAGAGAGACUUUCACUUCAGCAAUUUUCUGGGGGUUGAAUUAGAGUCAAAACAAAAUAAAAUGUAACUGAAUUAAAAGAAUAAGAUCAAGUCAAAAAA